CGAAAACAAGAUUUAAUUUGAUUAAAUGUCAAAUAAAUUCGAAUAAUUUUCAAUCGAUUUGUAAAAUAACAAAAUCAAUUAAAGAAUUUCAAACAUUUUUAAAUCUUCUCAAAUCUCGAUUCAAAGAAAUUAAUAGAAAAAUUCUUCAAUUGAUACUUCUACGAGCGAAUAUUUAUCGAAAAAAUCAUUAUUUUUAUUUAGAAGAAUUAGAAUUUUUAACGAUUUUAACUCAUCAACAAAUAAAUAUUGAUCAUAAUCCAAUGAUUUAUUAUCGAUUAUCAUAUUUAUAUAAAUUAAAAGGUGAUUUACAAAUGGCAAUUCAUUAUAUUAAUUUGGCAAAAGAUGAUAUUGAAGAAUAUUUAAAAAAUCACAAGGAUAAUUUAACACAAAAAUAUCAUAAUUUUCAACAUCAACCAAUCAACGAAAGAGAAUUUAUGAAAUCUUUUAAUGCGAAAUUUGGAACAAAUUUCAAAUAUACAUUAAAUUAUUUCAAAAAAUUAUUUUGUGAAUCAAUCGAAGAAUAUCAUAAAGAAAUUGAAGAAAUUCAUAAAUCAGCUUUAGAAUUAAUCGAUAAUUUAAUUGAACAACAUGAAAAUAAACAAAAAUAUUUUCAUUUAUUAAAUCGAUUCAAAGAAGGAAUUAGUAAAAAUUUAAGUAUUUAUGAGAAUGUUUCAUUAAAAUCAGAAAAAAGUAAAAAUUUGACAGAAAUUAUAUCAUCAAUUGAUGAUAUAGAUGUUAAAUUAAGAAAAUCAUAUUAA